AUCAACACCACCAGAACAUUCGCACUCACAAUCGAAAGGCCACACCCUUUGUCUCAACGAUCAAAAUGGCUGAUCUCGACCUCAACUCCAUUCAUGACUUCAUGAUCUCGGUCGCCAAAAGCGCUGCCGACCGCAUCACGUCCGCAAAGCCUACCACCUCGUCAUCCGGCUCGAAAAAGAACUCGGUCGACCUCGUCACCGAAACCGAUCAAGCCGUCGAGAAGCUGAUCUCUACCUCUCUUCGUGAGAAGUACCCCGACUUCUCGUUCAUGGGCGAGGAGACAUACAAACCCGGCGACACGCUCACGGCCGCGCCAACCUUCGUCUGCGAUCCGAUCGACGGCACAACGAAUUUCGUGCACCGAUACCCGUACGUGUCGAUAUCUCUGGGCCUGGCAAUUGACCUGAAGCCAGUGAUUGGCGUGGUCUACAACCCCUUUACGCAGACGCUUUACUCGGCGAUCAAGGGGCAAGGCGCAUUCUUGAAUCAGACAACCAAACUGCCAUUAACACCGCCGACGCCGCUCGAGACAUUGAACACAUGUCUCGUUGCUGUGGAGUGGGGCAGUGAUCGCAGUGGGAAUGACUUCACGGUCAAGAGCGAGACGUUCAAGAAUCUGGCCGCGACGAAGGAGAAUGGUGGAGGCAUGGUGCAUGGGCUGAGGUCGUUUGGAUCUGCAGCCUUGAACCUGUGUGGAGUCGCAAGCGGAGGUCUGGAUGUUUACUGGGAAGCCGGCUGUUGGGCUUGGGACGUUUGUGCUGGGUGGAUCAUUCUCGAGGAAGCUGGAGGCCUCAUAGUUGAUGCGAACCCUGGCAACUGGACACCGAGGGUCGAUGAGCGGAGAUAUAUGGCUGUGCGUGGGGGUCAAGGCCAGAAGGAGAUUGUCGAAGAGUUUUGGAGCCUGGUUCAUGGAAAGUUCGAGGUUGGCACAUAGACGGCUGGUCACGAAGUGCUCGAGACCGCGUCGCCUACACAUGACCUCGAAGAUAGACAGGUUGUAUAAUGAACCACACGCAAAACACAU